AUGGCGGAGGCGGCAGUACCAGACACGUCCACACUGUUCCAGCAGGAGCCCGGCGGGGUGACAUACCGGAUCCCGGCCCUCCUCUACAUCGAGCAGCCUUCCGUGUUUUUGGCGUUUGCGGAGAAGCGGGAGAAGCGGUCGUCCCCCCGGGAUCAGGACGCCCUGUACCUGGUGAUGAGGAGAGGAGUGGAGGUUCAUGGGACUCUGCAGUGGGAAAAAACACGAUUGCCGUGAGACAUGCCAAGCUAGUGGAUCACCGUACCAUGAACCCGUGCCCCGUCUACGACAAAGACACCAAGACCAUCUUCCUUUUCUUUCAUCUGCGUCCGGACAAACUGCUCAGAAAUGGGGCAGAUCAUCACCGGCAAAAACGCUGCCCGAAUCUGCUACGUCACCAGCACCGAUUACGGCAAAUCCUGGAGCUCCCUGCUGGACGUGACGGAGGACGUUCUGGCUGAGGAACUGAAGAACUGUGCCACCGUGGCUGUUGGGCCCGGCCAUGGGAUCCAGUCCCCAUCAGGAAGGCUGAUAGUGCCGGCCUACCUCUACUACAUCCACUCCCGUGUCUGCGGUCUACCCAUUCCAUGGAAAACCAAGCCUCACUCCUUCGUCUUCUACAGCGAUGACCAUGGGAAGAGCUGGCACAAGGGCAGCACCAUAUGGCAACAGCAGACCGGAGAGUGCGAGGUGGCAGAUGUGGCCUGCAGCAACGGUCCCGACAUCUUGUAUUGCAGCGCCCGGACAAACAAGCACUUCCGGGUAGAGGCUACCAGCAGUGACCAGGCCAUGGGGUUCAAUAGUUCUCAUUUCUGCAGGAACCUCUGUGAGCCACCCCAUGGGUGCCAGGGCAGUGUGGUGAGCUACCAACCCUUGGAGAUCCACCAAGAAGCAGAUGAUCUGGAUGGCAAAGGCCAGACUUGCUUUGAGAAACGUGCUCUGUCUUGGCUCCUCUACUCCCAUCCAACAAGCAACCAUAAAAGGGUUGACUUGGGGAUCUACCUAAACAAGUCCCCACUGCUACCCACUGGCUGGAACCAACCAUGGAUCAUUAACCAAGGCCCCAGCGGAUACUCCGACCUAGCUGUCUGCCAGGGCACGCAUGCGUUUGGAUGCCUCUUUGAGUGCGGCGUAGACGCUUGCGAAAAGAUCAUUUUUCGAAGGUUCACCGUAGAAGAGCUGAUGGAAAAUCUGUCAAAACCUUAA